CCAGUCACUUCUACUCCUGGUCAAGUCAAGCAUUCGAAAAGGAGUCUGUUCUCUUCUCCAUCAGGGAUAACUAGUGCCAGCCUACAACAUUUGUCAGUUUCAGAAAGGUAUAGUGAGAUGUUUUUCAGUAGAUCACAUUUUGUCCCGCAUGUGAUUUGAUGGUAUAUAUUGUCCUUUCAUGAUUCAGUAUUUGGGCAGCACUUAUACGUUUACAGUGUUGGAGUCGAUAAUAUCUCGACGCACUGUCUAUUUAGCCAGGUUUAUACCAGGAUGCUGGUAAACUGAGCACUUAGGCUGUACUUAGCUCAACAAAAUAUUUAUUGGUGACUUAUUCUUAUUCAUUUAUUUGUAGCAACAAGAGCUGCGACAACCAGAGGUUCGUGGACAUAACAGGCUCAUUUUUACAUUCGUCUGAGGAUGAAGAUCAAGAUGGAGAAAUGCAGAAAACAACAGAGGGUCCCGACAGUCCUAGUUUUCAAGUUCUUGAUGGUUCAGUACUAGUGACCCCCAGCAAAGCCUUCCAGUCAGACACUUCAGAAGGUCAAACAUCAGACAGUAGCUUGUCUGGUGAAGAGCCUGAUGACAGCGAUAAUGAAACAAAGUAUGGUUGCCAUCUUUACGUGACUUUUUGCAUAUAAUGUAGUUAAUUUUUUAUCUCAGGUAAUUUUUCUUUUUCCUUUGUUUCAACUUCAUUAGCAUACAUUACCAUACCCUCAAACAAAAUAAAAACAAAAAUUACCAGGGAUAGAAAAAUAACUUCAGCAUAUAUAUUAUUGUACGCAGAAGCCCCAGAAAUUGUGCAUAUCUAUCCCAUGAAAAGGACUGAAUUUUCCUGGAUGGGUGGGUUUUAGAGGAUAAAAUUAAUGUUAGUAAUAAAAUAUGUCAACAUGUGAUAAUUGUAAUUUUGCGAUCAACAGGUUUAUUAGAAAUGAAAAGCCUUUUGUUUAGGAGGAAUGGAAGUCUUAUGACCCUACCCAUUAGCUUAUUUAUACAAAGAUCCUGAUCAUGUUAAAAGGUGCACUGCCUAAAGAGAGGACUUAUGUUUCUGGGUUACUGAAAUAACUUUAUGACACUGCAACUUUUUAUACUCUUGAUGGAUCUUUAGUAAGUGUGUUUUUUUUUGGUUGAAUACAUGCUUGGCAUUUUGUUCUAGUAUGCAGAAUAUACUGACACUGUUAGAGGACAGUGAUGAAAGCAGUGGUACCAGCAGCUCAGACUCUGAUAGUGAGCAUGAUGCCCAGAGUGGAGACGAUGAAGAUGAAGAUGGAGACCUUAGUGGGGAAGAACUAGUAGAAGAGCUUGUCGGGUAAUUCUGUUAUUAACUUUUUUUACCCAUCUAGAUAUGUAGGUUUAUAGCACAGAUGGAGUUUUCAUCCCAUCCUUCAAACAAGUAAAGAAAUCGGAAAAUAUGAAUGUAAUGAUGUUAUUAGAUGCAUGUACAUUCUUGGCUAUAUGCGCAAUUUGUUGAUCUGACUGUGCCUUUCUUUUGUAGUGACAGUGCAACAGUGGAGAGCCAGGAAGAAGAAGAUGUGUAUAGCCAGUAUCCCAUUGGGCCCGGGCUACAGUUUUCACGUGCAGAGGAAGCACAUAGCCACGUCGAGGAACUGCUCAAGAUUGAGGAACAAAAAUUUAUUAUUUCAGAGACAAGGCUUAUUGAUCUCUUUAGAGGGAGAUGCCAGGAACCUGGCUGUGCUAGCGAAUGCACCGUGAAGUCUAAAAGCGUUGGCUGUACCAUGGAGCUAUGGUGGAAGUGUCAGAAUGGCCACAAGGGCAAAUGGCAGUCAUCAGAGGAAUAUGGUGGAAUGUACUCUAACAACCUGCAAUUCUCUUCAGCAUUACUGUUAUCUGGAAAUAACCACUCAAAGAUAGAACUGAUGAGCAGAUUCCUUGGUCUCUCAUGUCCAUCCAGGGCUUCCUUCUUGCGAGUACAAAAGUUCUAUUGUGUUCCAGCAAUCGAUGAAUGGUGGGAGUGGAUGAGAACAAACAUAAUUUCACUGAUCGGAACUCUGGACUUAGUGGUCAGUGGUGAUGGGCAGAGUGACUCUCCAGGACACUCAGCAAAGUAUCUGACUUACUUUGUAAUGGUAACAGAUGCAUUGCAAGAGUACAUAGUGCACCUGGAGUGCAUGGAUAAACGAGAGGUUGGUGGGAAAUCACCAAAUAUGGAGAAAGAGGCCUUGAAGCGUUCCAUUGAAAAAUUAAAGCUCCUUGUGAACCUGAAGGAAGUUGUAACUGAUGCAUCAUCAUCCAUAAUUAAAAUGAUGGGUACGACAUUCUAUUAUUCUAUUCUUUAGUAAUAUUCUUGUAAUAAUGUGCAAAUAGUACAUCAAUACCCACUAUCAUACAGCUGAUAAUAGUCUGGGAUGUCGGAUUUAGCAUGACAUUAACAAGUCACAUUGUGUUUGCUUUAUCUUUUUUGAUCCAAGGGUUACUCACCAUAAGCUUUGUUCAAUAUACAAACAUUUGUUGAUCUCCUUUGGUACAUUUACAGAAUUUUGAAGAAUUUGAGAAAAGUAAAAAUUAAUUAGCUUUUCUUUUUGAAGUAAUCCACUUUUAUUUAUUUCUUACCCAUUAGCUGAUGAAUUCAAAGACGUUGCCCAUUCACUUGAUAUCUGGCACAAGUCGAAGAAUAUAAGAAAGUGUCUCAUGAAGGUAUACCAUUGAUAAGAAAAUAUUAUAUAAAUAAUAAUGAUAAUAUAUAAAUAAAUAAUAAGAUGAUAGUGAUGAUUACCUAUCAGCCUGCAUACGGUGUUUUCACUAACGUGGCCAGCAUCUAUGCAAAUUUAUUGGAACAAAAGAAAGCGUAUGCAUAAGAAAAGAGUUCAAUUCCCACAGGAUUGGUUUGGGACACCAACAUGGCUGCUGUUUCAUUGUCUUGGGACACCAAUAUGGCUGUCGUGACAUCAUAUGAAAACACUGGAUAGAUUGAUCAUGCUGCAUGCACACAGCAAAUUUGAAUACAAGUACUUUUUCUUACAUCCAUUUAAAAUAAUUUAUUGUUAUUGAGACAACUAGUAGCUUUGAUUAAUGUGUUUCCAUCGCAAGUUAUUUUGUUUCAAAUACUGACCAGUGAUUAUCAUUUCCUUCAUUGUCUUUUAUUUCAGCUUGGGAAAACGAAGGGAAAUGAAAAAAUUUGUCAGUGGACUGACCACAUUAUAAACCAUUUUUGGUACUGUUGCUCUAAUUGUGAUGGACAAGAAUCAAAACUCAAGGUAAAAAAAAUAGUUGUUUAUUGUUCAUUCCAACCAUCAUUUACUGUCACACUGUUCCAGCGUGUGUAAAUUCUUUGCACUUUGUCUGUGUAAUACCUGUAUGUUGUGAAGGACCAAGCAUCGCGCUUGUGUUUUAAAGACUGUAGCUAACAAAGGCACAGAAAAUCACCUUGGCAAAAGACGUGCAAGGAUUUACUGUACUGUUCUGGAGACAUCGACUUUUAAUUUUUUUUAUCAUUUGUAGACACUUUGGAUUAGUUUGUUGCAUCAUGUGUGCAAUAAGCACGAGUGGGUUGAUGGCAAAUGUCAACAUGGUCCAGUUGAUGAAGAGCAGCAUGAUUUGCCUUGGUUUGACAGAAGGGAGACAGACUUUCAGGCACUUCAGGAAGUCAUACUUGCUCCACGACUGUUGGCAUCACUCAAGUAUUAUGUCAAAUUCAGGUAGGAAAGAUCAUUCAUUUUUCAUAAACUCCCAAACAUAUGGCAAGUACUAGAGCUUUCAACCGCACCCUAUACUACACUGUAGGUUGUAGCACCUCCUUUAACUCAGGUAGAACAUGCUAUCAAAGGGCAUCCACAAUUGAGUAUUGGAAAUCUUGUUUUAUUCAAAACUCGUUAAAUACAGUAUACUAAUAUUAUAUUUGCAGACACACUGGAACACUGGAAACUGUGAACAGCCAUUCCCUCAUGUAUGCAUCAAAGAGGUGUGCGUUCGGGUAAGUUUGAAUUUUUUAGUCAAUUAAUUUAUGCCCAAAUGCCACCGGUACCCCUCUUCAACAAUACCUGAAUGAUGGAUAAUACCAAAAUGGUAAUGCACCUACAAUGUAGCAUCCUUUUGGUAAGGCUAUUAGAUAUGAAUUAACAGGACAUUGAUUUGUCAGGUGAUGAAGUAUAAAAUGUUGAGAGGUGUUUUGAAAUUAAGAGGUUGUCUUUCCUGGAAUCGAUAUCCUGUGUGCCACCUAUGCAUUGAGAGAAUAGACGAUUUCCUGUACUUUAUACUCCUAAGUUACCUUCUCAUGCUUUUUUAACCUGAAAGGUGGCAGUAAAUAACAAUAAGAAAUAAAAGUGCUUCAGGUCAAUUCUGCUAACAUUUGAUUAGACCAAUACAGAAAACAAAAUGUGACUGACCAGAAGUAAGUAACAACAAAUUAAGGAAACUGUGUUGUUUAUUGUUUUUAAUUUUGCUUUUUAGGUACAAGGCCUUUAAGGCAAGAAAGAAGUUAUGCGCCAUAGAUCACAACUAUCACCUCUAUCGUCAACCCCUGACUGAUGAGUCAGGGGAGAAAAUGUUUCAUCGGAGAUACAAUCAACGCACAAAGCAUUGGGGUGUUGCUCUAGAGAAAAGUAAAAAGGAUUAUUCGUACAUCCCAAUGCUUAUGGCAAAGAUUUUCAAGUUGAGAAAGAAUGAUUCGGGAUCCAUGCAAGACUUCAUGGAUAUGUCUCUAAAUGAUCCAAGAAGAAUCGCACCAACGAUUGCAAUUUCUAACCCCCCAGUUACUAGUGAACUGGUUGCAACUCAAAGAAGUCGGUUUGAUAAUGAGUCCAAUAAUAAUUUGUUGAGAACCUUUUAA